UAGCUAAGGCAUUCAUAUUUCCUAGUUUCCUAGCAACAGUGUUCUCUCAACCUGACGCUGUUGAGCAUUGAGCAUAUUGUGGAGGUAUGACUCAGUGACUCGAGUCAUUUGAGUUGAUUCAGUUAAACGAUUCCUUCAGAUUCGUUAACAAGUUUGUUCCAGUGUUUUCUGCUAAUCGUUGCCGUAUAACGUCACAAGGAAAAAGAAAGAAAGAAGAACUACGCCCGGCGCCAUUUUGACUACAAAGUAAAUAAAUCUCGCCGGUUCUCGCGAGAUUUGGGGCAGAUCAGCUGACCGGCGCUGCAGCUCUGGAGCCUGUCAAAGCGCCUCGACUCCACUCACUCACUCCGAUUUCCUGGAAACAAUGAAGAGUGAAAAACAGCGAGUCUGAACACAAAGAACAGAAAAGUGUAAGAUCUAACAGCGGCUCGGGUCAUGGAGCACAUUCUGACUCCGAAGGUCUAAGCUUGUAGGUGCUAAAAGAAGAUCCAGGAUUUCCUGCUCACUGUGCACUGUAUCAAACACACACAAACACACACACACACAAACACACACGUUCAGGAUGACCGCAGGAUUCCCAAGAAUUACGGAGUGAAUGAUUAAAAAGACCAAUCAUAUGUGUAAAAAAAGAUAUAAAUGUUACAAUACACUGAAUUCAGCGAUCAGACAGAUGGGCGUGGCCCAAUAUUCUAACGAGUAUGUUUGAUUGACAGCCCUCUAUCUGAGACUCUCAAGCACAGGGCUUUGUUAAACGUUAAUAUAUCCUGGGGUGCCAAUAAUUUUGAAACCACGGUGCUUUUAUAAAGAAAAGUGAACAGUGUUCCUCAAAGACAAAAAAUAUCCCAUAUUUUUUGAGAAAUUUUCAUGUGCGAUCAUUUUUAUAUAUUUAUUAAUGCUUAUUUUUGUGCUGGGUGCCAAUAAUUAUGAACAUAUGCAACAUUAUAAAAAUAAUAAUAAAAAACACACACACAGAAAGAGUACGAUGAUGAGUGAAACACAACAAGGAGUUGUGUGUAAGCCUUAAUCCGGAUUGGUGUGGGAACACUGUUGCUAGGUAACUGGGAACAUCAAAGGUUAAUAAGCUAGCUAAAUGGCUGAAGCUUGUGAUUUAGCUAGCAGUCGUUUCUCUUCAAUGCAAAGACGCAGCGGCGAUAAAAAUGACACAGAAACAUCCGGAACGUCAACGUUUCUCUCAGGCGUGUUGGUUGAAUACGUGAAGCUCUUGGACAGAUACGCCGCCAAGAAGCCGGCCAUCGGAACCUUGUACCUCACAGCAACUCACCUCAUUUACGUGGAGCAAUCCAACAAUGCGCGCAGUGAAUUAUGGGUCUUGCACCAUCACAUCUCGUCCAUAGAGAAACUUCCGACCACGGUGUCAGGGUGUCCGCUGCUCAUCCACUGUAAAACGUUCCAGCGUCUCCACCUGUUGCUGCCCCGAGAGAAGGAAGCCCAGGACGUCCUUCAGUCCCUCCUGCGUCUGUCUCAACCAGUGAAGGAGGAGGAGCUCUACGCCUUCCUCUACAACCCCGAGCAGAGCGGAGACGAGCGGAGACGGGGCUGGGACCUCAUCAGCAUGACCGCUGACUUCAGCAGGAUGGGCCUGCCCAAUGAAUUCUGGGAAGUCAGUGACCUCAACAGCAACUAUGAGCUCUGUUCUACGUAUCCGUCGGUGCUCGGCAUUCCUAAAUGCGCCAGUGUUGCUACGGUAACAGGCAGCGCCAAGUUUAGGAGUCGGGGCCGGCUGCCUGCACUGUCGUAUUAUCACAAAGAUACCAAGGCAGCGAUCUGUCGGUGUAGUCAGCCUCUCUCUGGUUUAAGUUCUCGCUGUAUCGAGGAUGAACAGAUGCUGCAGGCCAUCAGCGAGGCCAAUCCCAACUGUCCUUUCAUUUACGUCGUGGACACACGGCCAAAGCUAAAUGCUAUGGCUAACCGAGCGGCGGGUAAGGGGUACGAAAACGAGGAUAACUACGCCAACAUCAGGUUCCACUUCCAGGGCAUUGAGAACAUCCAUGUCAUGAGAAGCAGUUUACAGAAACUACUGGAGUUGUGUGCUCAGAAAACCACAUCUAUGAGUGACUACCUGACCGGACUGGAAAACUCCGGCUGGCUGAGACACAUCAAAGCCAUCAUGGACGCAGGAGUCUUCCUCGCUAAAGCAGUAGGUGAUGACGGAGCGAGUGUGUUAGUGCACUGUUCUGAUGGAUGGGAUCGCACGGCUCAGGUGUGUUCUCUUGCCUGCAUCCUGCUCGACCCCUAUUACAGAACCAUCAAAGGACUCAUGGUACUGAUAGAGAAAGAGUGGAUUGCUUUCGGACACAAAUUCAAUCAUAGGUGUGGACAUGUGGAAGGUGACCCUAAGGAGGUUUCCCCCGUGUUCACGCAGUUUGUUGAGUGUGUGUGGCAGCUGAUGGAGCAGUUCCCCUGCGCAUUUCAGUUUAACGAACGCUUCCUGCUCACCAUCCACGAACACGUUUACUCCUGUCACUACGGUAACUUCAUCUGCAACAACCAGCGAGAGAGAGAGGAGCUAAGGCUGAGAGAGAGGACCUUCUCCCUGUGGCCGUAUCUUCUGGAGCAUCAAGACGAGUUCAGAAACCCGCUGUACAAACGCACUACCCACAAUGGCUUACUGAGACCCAACACACUGCCACUGCAUUUCAAGUUUUGGUGUGGGAUGUAUAACUGUUACGAUAAAGGGAUACACCCGAGACAGUCCAUCCUGGACACACUGCUGUCUCUGACUGCCAGACAGACCUUUGAGGAGAGGACGAUGACGGAACUGCAGAGACAGUUGGCUAUCGCUGAUGGAGUCCUCUCAGCUUCCGACGGACCGAUCGGCACGCUUCCUGACCGGAACGGCGACGCCGAGGCCACGCCCACCUCCUCCUUCGACCAGACGAACGGAGACUGUGUGUCUCUGAGCGACGGCGCCGGAGGAGAGGCGGAGUCGGAUCAGGAAAAAAACGAAAGCCAACCGAAGGUGAUGGCGAAGGACAAACCUGUUUCUAUGGCAACCCAGAUCUCCGAAGAGGAGGUAGGGAAAACGGAGCCUGUCGAAUCUCCAUAGUAACAAAACUGACAUUUGGGACAGAGCUGAAAUCCAAAGGGAAACAACAGAGAUGCACUCAGGACUCAACACACACACACACACACACACACACACACACCAUGAACACCAUUAUUACAGUGACAUUACAAUAGAGUGAUACUUUAGCCACGUCCCAUAAACCACUAAAUGAUCUUUUAGCCCCACUUUUUUAUUUUAAUCAAUCUAAUGAAACAAAAAUUAAUUAAGAAUAGUAUUUCAGCUAAAACACAAAAAGCAAAACAUUAUAAAAUAUAUUAAACAUAGUUAAUUAUAUAAAAAAUGACAUUUUAUCCACGCCCCCAAACAUCCAUACAUGUCAAACAUUUAAUGGAAUGUAUUUUUAGUCAUAAAACACAUCGUGAUGUGAACGGGUGUGAACAAGUUUUAUAAGACAAUAGUAUUUCUUAGCCACGCCCACUUCAAUGUAAUGUGAUGUAAACUUUUUCGCCACCCUCCCAAACAUGGCAGAUUUAUCAAACAUUAUAUUAGAAUGUCUUUUUUUUUCUGCUCACCCCUUGUAAACAUUAUAAACAUUAUAAUAGGAUGAGAGUUUGAGACUUUGUCCACGCCAUCCCACAAAUUGUAUUAGGUACACACGUUACAGUGGCAUUAUAAUGGAGUGGUGUUUUAGCCACGCCUCCAACAUUCCUUUACAUGACACCUAACAAUACACAGUUUAAGCCACACCCUGAAAACGCCAAACUGAUCACCGAGAGCAGCUUCUCAGCGCCACGCUGUAAACACGCAUCACACCUUCCUGCCUCUCUGGAAUGUCUGAUUGUAAAUAAUAGUUUUUUUUUAAAGUUCGGUAGUGUCCCUAGUUUUGAACCCUUUGCACUUUUUCGCUAUCUUGCCGUUUGUCGAAUAUUUGUCAGCGAAUGUUAUUUUUACAAUCGAACAAAAAAAAGUUCAAAUUGAAAACAUUUGAAACAAAAGCGUUUGUAUUUUUCUGUUACGCUGAUCAAACAGGAUGCUCGUUUAUUUAAUUAUUAUUAUUAUUUUUUUUAAAUUUACGGUUCGUAAACGUUUUGAUGUUUAGUGUUAAUAAAGCGUGUGGCGUGUAAACGUGUAGCUACAAUAUUGUCGCAAAAUAUUACUGCGAGAUAAUAAAAAAAAAAAUUAACAAAUGCUACAAAAGCAAUAAUUACAUAAGGAGAACUAAAACGCGAUGAUCAAAGACGGGAGGAAAAUGCGCUGCAGAAGUUCCGUCACUGCAAAGGGUUUUAUACGUUUACGUUUUUUAAACAGAACAUUUACGGAAAGUAACGUUUGUAUUUUGCGUCGAAGUACAUCAACGUGGCUAUUUCAGUCUGCUGAUUCAGAUGGCGUGCCGUUACGGCCCGUCAUCCAGACACGGGUAUAACAUCUGUAACACUUGUACCUGCAUUGAGACUUCUUAACACGUUCAUAAGCACUGCAUAAACCUUUCCUAAGGCGACGCUUGAUUCUUUAUGAAUACUUUUAUCCCAAAUUUAGUCUGUCAGCUAGCACUUCUUGCACCAUGCUGAAUUGGAGGCUGUAAGCUUCCAGCACUCUUAGCUACAUUAGCCUGGUAGCUUCAUUACAAAAUUAAAAAGGGACAAUAUUUAUAUUUUAACUGUUCAAUUAAUAAAAAUUUUAAAAAGUGUAAAAAAAAAAAAAAA